AUGAAUAAACUUCCUCAUCCCAAAGGUAGAAAAGUAUCCCAAUUGUCUAAAAAGAUAGUUAAAGCAGCGGCCAGAGAAAAAUCGAAAUUGCGUCACCAAAUGAAAGUUAAUCUGUUGGGAGAAAGACUAUUGUGGUUUAAGAAAAAUCUAGAAGAAGUUGAUAUUUACACUCCACAGAUGACUAAAAAAUUAAUUGAAAGUUAUUUAGGGAGAUUUAACGCUGAAUUAGAACAAAUUCAACUGAAACAUUCUAUUAGUAAGAGAAAAGGAAGACAGCAUGCCAACAGGGAAGAUAUUAUUAAAAUGACUAUCACAAACGAAGAAACAGAAUAUAAUACAUGUGGAAUUGAAAUGGUUGAUGUGUUAAAUCCUGCACAACUAGACUUAUUGAAAAAAUGGUCUGGUGAGUUGCGAUAUCUUCAGAAUUUUAAAUUAGUCAGGUAUACUAAAAAGAAAUUGGAGGAUGACAUUAAUUCUGUUAAAAGUUAA